CAGGAAAUCAAGUUCCUGGAUAAUUACCCCGCCUACGAUUGAUUUUACGAACAGUCAUCUCUCGUAGAAACAUUAAUUGAUCCCCAAAUCCUGUCAAUUGGAGCAGAAAGAGAUACAGUUCCCCUAGUAGACACGAUGGUAUCCUUCAUCCCUUCCAUCGAUCUGACUAAGUACGCAACCACAAUUCAAGGCUUGACACCGAAAGAACUUAGUUACAUUGGAGUCGUGCAUGCGCAAGUGGAGACAGCCACCCUCGACAGUGCUUUCGCAUACCUCUACGAAACACUAAAACUAUACCAGACCUACUUCGAUGUUUCUAAGCUCGACUUGAUUGAUGACAUCGUUUCCCUCCUUGACUCCGGCGCAUCAAAAGUGUUCGUCAGCAGUUUACAAUUAGAGCGCUUGAAGGCCAUCGAGAAUUUGGACUUCGAUCGUGUCGUACUUGCCAUCUCUGGCGAAAGAAGAGACGAGAUCAUCGAUACAAUAUCAGGCACCAGUGUGGGAGUAUAUUUCCACGCAGUAAAAGACGCAGAGAUCGUGGAGGCUUGGCUGAAAGAAUACGGUACGGAUCGACCUGACGUCUAUGUGUCGUUCGCGCAGCCAUCUUCUGAGCAUCUCUUGAAGGUAACGGCGCUUUCUGCCAUUUCUAUCACCCCAGCAACCCUCCUCACAGUCGACACUGAGGCCAAUCCAACCCUGAUAAGCGUCGCGACUUUACUCCUUGCGAACGCGAAGAGUGACCGACCGGAUGGCUUAUUCACAACUCUGGUCACCGACGAGAGAGGAAUUGCACUUGGACUAGUAUACAGUAAUGCAAAGAGUGUGGCUGAAAGUCUCCGGACGGGCCGAGGUGUAUACUGUAGCCGCAAAAGAGGUCUUUGGUACAAGGGCGAAAGUAGCGGUGAUAUCCAGGAGCUUGUGCGAGUUGAGCUGGAUUGUGACCAAGACUGCCUAUGCUACGUUGUACGACAGAAAGGCCGAGGCUUUUGCCAUCUGGCAACUCCUACCUGCUUUGGUGCAUAUAGAGGUCUAUCAAAAUUGCAACGAACACUGCAGAGCCGUAAAGAGUCUGCGCCGGAAGGAUCAUACACUUCGCGGCUGUUCAAUGAUCCCGAGCUAUUGAACGCAAAAAUCAUGGAGGAAGCAAACGAGCUUUGCGAGGCGAAGACAACUUCAGAAGUUGCAUUUGAAGCAGCUGAUGUUAUGUACUUUGCUCUCACAAAAUGUGUCGCCGCUGGUGUAUCACUUGAAGACGUUGAACGGAAUCUCGACCUGAAAAGCUUCAAGGUAAAACGAAGAAAAGGCGAUGCUAAAGGACCAUGGGCGCAGAAACUCGAUUCCCAGAACGGCGCAUCACAGGAGCCUGAAGAGAAAGAGAUAUUGAAGGAGGCUGCAUCCGUGCCGAAGGGUGUUCAUGAUCCAGCAGGACUUCAAAACGGCAGAAUACAAAUGCGACGCUUCACAACGGCAACAGAUUCUCUCGAAACCAUCUCAGAUGUUCUAAAAAGACCUUCGCAACGUUCUACAGAGAAAAUCAUGGGAAUUGUCAAACCUAUCAUUGAAAAUGUACGAACAAGAGGAGAUGUCGCGGUUUUGGAUUACACGCACAAAUUCGAGAAAGCGACAUCACUCACGAGUCCAGUCUUAAAAGCGCCGUUUCCUGCAUCCUUGAUGCGACUACCUCCUGAAACGAUCGAGGCGAUUGACAUAUCCUUCGAGAACAUUCGUCGCUUCCAUGCUGCGCAGAAGGAAGAGAAACCGCUGAUAGUCGAGACUAUGCCCGGCGUAGUCUGUUCUCGGUUUUCAAGACCAAUAGAAGGCGUAGGUCUGUACGUCCCUGGAGGCACUGCCGUGCUCCCAUCCACAGCCCUGAUGCUUGGUGUCCCUGCUAUGGUUGCAGGGUGCAAACGUAUUGUACUCGCUUCACCACCUCGUUCCGAUGGAUCUAUCACACCCGAAAUUGUAUAUGCAGCGCACAAGGUUGGCGCCGAGAGCAUCGUCCUUGCCGGCGGUGCUCAAGCAGUCGCUGCAAUGGCGUACGGGACGGAGAGCAUCAGCAAAGUGGACAAGAUACUAGGACCAGGUAACCAAUUUGUGACAGCCGCCAAGAUGCUCGUAUCGAACGACACGUCGGCCGGAGUCAGCAUUGACAUGCCUGCUGGCCCAAGUGAAGUUCUUGUCGUGGCUGACUCGACGGCCGAUCCAUCGUUCGUGGCAUCGGAUUUGCUGAGUCAGGCCGAGCAUGGUGUAGACUCUCAAGUCAUCUUGAUUGCUGUGAAUCUGGCAGAAAAGGAGCUCCAAGCCAUCGAGGAUGAGCUUCAUACCCAAGCGAAUGCUCUACCUCGCGUUGACAUCGUACGUGGAGCUAUCAGUCACUCUGUGACCCUUGUAGUCAAGGACAUUAGAGAAGCAAUGGUCAUGAGCAAUCAAUAUGCGCCUGAACACUUAAUCUUACAAGUCAAGGAUGCUGAGCAAGUAGUUGAUUUGGUAGAGAAUGCUGGUAGUGUCUUUGUCGGACCCUGGACCCCUGAAAGUGUUGGUGAUUACUCUGCUGGUGUAAAUCACUCUCUUCCAACUUAUGGGUAUGCCAAGCAGUACUCAGGAGUCAAUCUAGGGUCAUAUGUUAAACAUAUCACUAGCGCCAACCUCACCAAAGAAGGUCUGCAGAAUGUGGGCCCUGCAGUGAUGCAAUUAGCGAAGGUUGAGGAACUGGAGGCUCACAGAAGAGCUGUUUCUAUCCGUCUGGGAUUGUAAGUGUAUCAUGUUCAAUGUUGUGCAUAUUUUACGUUGCCCUCGUAGCCACAUAAUCGGUUUUGGUAUAUACACACUAUAGAGUUAUUUGAUUUCGCCAUAGAACAUAUAUGUAAGUUCAGGAGCAACAAAAUUAUAGUUUAUGAACUCAUUAAGUCUACUACCGACGACAUAUGUACUCUACGUUCAUCCGGAAGCCACAUAUCAUCUGGCUGGUUGUACUCCUGCGUCUGGCGCACAGUGUCACAUAGCCGCAAAUCAUUCUUAAUUCAUUUCACG